AUGAAAAACUUCAGCUACAAGGUCAAGUAUCUGUUGAGUUAUGUGAAGAGGUUCCUACCAAAUGAAGAACUAACAUUUCUGGACAGUUGUGUUAUUGGUUCCCAAAUAAUACAAAAUUUGGAAAUGGCUUUAGAAGAGUGUGUUGUAUCAAAUAGUUACUUGGACCUUGUCUCUUUCCUGCCAUCUGUAUUAUCAGAUAAUGAUAUUGAAGAAGUUGUGAUGACAUUGUUAAAAAGUACUUCCAAACCUAUUGUACUAUUUGAGAAUACAGUUUUCAGCCAUGGAUUUAUCGAAAAUUUGCAGAAUUCUUGCAUGCCUAUGGUGCAGAAGCAAGCUGAAGAAGUUGUGAAAUCAGGAAAAUAUCAACAGUUUAACAUGGAAAAACAAUUAGCAAGAACAACAGCUGCUGUACCUUUUACCCAUGUAGAUCACAAAGCGGAACGGCGUGAAGAGCGCAGAAGGAAAGCAGCCUCUGGUAAAGGUGGUGGAGGUACACAGGGAAGAGAAACAAAAACAAAAGCAGUGAAAAAGCAUCAAAGAUCCAAACAGCAAGCCCAUGAUCCUGAUGAACCAUCUUAUGUUGGUAAAAGUGCACCCACUGAGUUAGAAAUAGUCUCUAUUGAAGAUAUUGAAAAUGUUAUAACAGAGUCUCUAGAAGCUGAAGGUCUGGAAAACUUACUGACUUACCUUUCAGAAGAUAUACAUUGGUCUUUGAAUCAAGCUGCCUUGGCCGCUGCUAAAGAAAUAGCAGAAAAAUUACUUCAAGAUGCCAACCAAAACAGAAAACAAACACAUUCAUCUGCUCAAGACAGAAUAAAUGUACUUGUAAAUGAUAUUAAACUAUAUGAAAAGGGUCUCAAGCUAUUACCUACUGAUCAACACUCUCAGUAUAUAAAAUAUCUUUUAAAAUCUUUUGGUGGUGACACUCUGUCUGAAUUCUGUAAAUAUGCAGCAAAUCAAUGCAAUUUGUCUGUCCAAGUUGAUGUUUUAUCUAUAGAGCUGAGAAAUAAAAUUAUUAAUGACCUUCCUGAUGAGUAUAUGAAACCUCUGAAGGCUCUAAAUGCAACUCUUUCUAGUCAAAAUAUGGAUUUGUUUUAUCAAGCUGUUGAUAUCUGUCUGUCUGAAUGUGGGAUGAUAUUGAAAAAAGUGGAUAAAAAAAAGGAUAAACUCUUCAUACAAAACCACAGAGAGAAAUUAAUUGCAGGACUUGAUAACUGCAAUGAUCCAGCAUUGGUUUUGCACUUAGCUGUUCUGGCAAUAUUUACUAUUGUAACUCAAAAUAUUCUUCAUGCUUCUGGGCGUCAAGUGCCAUCGAUAAUACUAUUUCUCAAAACGCAACUUAAAGAAGAAGAUUUUUUAAAAAUUCAGCAUUACCAUGAAUUGGUAUCUAAAUUUUUAACAGCAAAGGAUGAUGAAAAAAGUGAAAUUGAAUCAAAACUUAAAGAAGAAAUGCCUUCUAUUAAGAGUUUGGUUGGCGAAAUAAAAAAUAAA